CAGUGAGAAAUUCGAGUUCGCGUGAGUUGUGUUGUGUCGAUCGUUUGCUAAUUUUAUUUUUGUUGACAAAUUUUAUUGACUAGUGAACUUCUCUUUGUUCUUCGCUAGUGUGUGGUCACUAAAAUACGAAUAAUAUUGAGAUAAUUUCAAAAAUUGUGUGAACAAAUCCUUGUGUAGCUCUAAUACCAUUCCGUUCACAAAGGAUAGAAAGGACGGGACUCUGUUGUUUUCCUCACGUCUGCACAUUUCACCAACUACGAAGCAGAAUUUUUUGUGAUAUGCGAACGCUGUACACCACAUUAAGGAGGUAAAGGUGGAGAAGCAUCGUGUGGCCUGGUAUGGGCGAGCGGUGAGGUCCGCAUUGAUCCAAGAUGACGGAGGGAGAGCGCCAGCAAAACGCGGGCGGCACCAACGCCGCGCCGCAACACAGGAAAGGACACAGGAGACAAGAGUCAAUGUAUGCUAUGACGGGACUAUACGCGGAGUCGGGCUGCACGGAAGGCGCCGGCGACGAUGUAGCUGGACCCAGCACGCCUGCCCACCCCUCACGUCCCCCUCGAGAAUCCAUCAAAUGCCACAGUCGGAAUCCCUCAUCUGGAAUGUGCGACAGAGAUCGCGAACGGGACAAGGAACGAGAGAAACCCCGACAAAUGUACCCAGAAAUAUUAGACAUUCCUCAUGACGCAAGAGACUGCGGUAUCUUAUCGUGGAGACCGCUAUUAAUCCAGAAAUUUUCUAGUAUUAAAGUAUUUGUAUUUUUCCUUUCGUUCCUGGUGACGUUGCAACAAGCAUUAAGCUCCGGGUAUAUUAACUCUGUGAUCACGACAAUUGAGAAACGGUUCGAAAUCCCUUCGAGUCUCUCGGGGCUUAUAGCCAGCAGCUACGAGAUUGGCAAUGUUAUCACCGUGAUCUUUGUCUCUUAUCUCGGCAGCAGGAGGCAUAUACCUGUAUGGAUAGCUGUCGGCGCGGUGAUAAUGGGUAUUGGAUCAUUGGUAUUUGUUUUGCCGCACUUCAUAGCUGAACAAAACAGUGAAAUGCUAGCAAAUAACAAAUCUGAUGACAAUAUAUGUCGGAUAACGCGAUUGCCAGGAGAUAUGAGUAGUUUGGGAAACUUACCGGGUCUGCCGCCGAGUAACUUAAGGCCUGAUAAUUGCAUCAAGAGUACACCAAGUACAUUUAUGCCAGUGAUGGUGUUCGUGGUAGCUCAAUUGCUGCUUGGAUGCGGAGGUUCCCCUUUACUGACUUUGGGUACCACAUACGUCGACGAUCACGUUCGACCUGAGUCAUCCAGCAUGUAUAUUGGAUGCAUGUACAGUAUGGCCGCGUUCGGCCCGGUCCUGGGUUUCCUUCUCGGUGCUUAUUUGCUGUCUUUCCACAUGGAUUCCUUUUCUGGUACUAUUAUAUCUAUAGACCCUGGCGACCAUCGAUGGGUCGGAAUGUGGUGGGGCGGUUUUCUAUUAUGUGGAUUACUGCUUAUUCUGGUGGCUAUUCCAUUCUUCUCGUUCCCAAAAGUUCUUGUGCGAGAAAAGGAGAAAAUAAGACUUGUAGAAAAAGCAGCGGCUGCCAGCGGGUCUGGUACAGCAAAAGCGCCCAAACCACAGACAGAAAUCAAAGAUACGGGAUAUGGGAAAGAUAUCAAAGAUAUACCAGUUUCAAUGUGGCGCCUGCUCAAAAAUCCAGUGUACGUAGUAACAUGUCUCGGUGCCUGCAUGGAGCUCAUGAUAGUGUCUGGCUUCGUCGUGUUCUUGCCCAAGUACCUUGAGACACAGUUUAGCCUUGGCAAAAGUCAGGCUAGCGUCUUCACAGGAUCAGUGGCGAUACCGGGCGCGUGUAUUGGAAUUUUCAUGGGUGGCUGCCUCUUGAAGCGACUCGAACUGCGGCCGAAGGGGGCCGUGCAAUUCGUUCUCAUUUCUAACACCAUCUGCCUAUCUUGCUACGCAUUGCUCUUUUUCCUAGGCUGCGAUAACAUUAAAAUGGCUGGAACCACCAUUCCUUACACUAAUAACAGCAACUUGGAGCCGUUUAAAGUGAACCUGACGGCUGCGUGCAACUUCAACUGCCUCUGCACUGAGACGGACAUGGAACCAGUGUGCGGGAACAACGGCCUCACUUAUUUCUCGCCAUGCCACGCUGGCUGUGCCGCCUUUUCUUCUAGGUCCAACUUCACUAAUUGUGCAUGUGUGCACGAGAACAUCCGAGACAUGAGCUUGAGCAGCGCAGUGGUGGCGGGCGCAUCCGCGUCGGCGCUGACCGCAGGCGCAGGGGCCGUGGCGCGCGAUUUCGGCGAGGUGACGGUCGUGCCGGUGGCCACGGCUGGCGCUUGCAACCCGCCAUGUACCACAAUCUUUCCCUUCCUCGUACUGCUCUUUUUCAUGACCUUCGUAGUGGCCGUGACACAGAUGCCACUACUCAUGAUUGUACUGAGAUCUGUAAGCGAGGAGGAACGAUCGUUCGCGCUGGGCAUGCAGUUCGUGAUAUUCCGUCUAUUCGGCUAUAUCCCCGCACCGAUCCUUUUCGGUAACCUCAUCGACUCCACUUGCAUCCUCUGGAAGCAGUCUUGCGGUGGCGAAAAGGGCGGCCGAUGUCUCCUCUAUGACAUUGAACAGUUUCGAUUUAGAUACGUCGGCUUAUGCGGUGGCAUAAAAAUAGUGGCAUUGGGCAUCUUUCUGGCGGAUUGGUGGCUGGUGCGGCGCCGAAAAAAUCUCGAAACUGUACCGCCACUCGAUCCUCACAAGGAUAUCGCCGGUUCCAUUAUCAGUCUUGACAAACUGUUCGAGGAGAUGCCUUCAGCGGACAAUGCGAGCGGGUUCCGAUCGGGCGUGACGUCAGGCCAGAGCUCGGCCAUCACGACGCCCAUGGAAGCGCCAACGCAGGACGCGGCGCACGACCGGUCCAAGCUGCAGCGCACUGAAUCGCAAGAGUCGCAGCGCGGUAGGAAUUCGCGCGUGCUCGUGGCGUCGCGCCACCUGCGCAAUGACUCCAAGACCAUCCAACUGGAGGCGCACACGCGGCAGCUGUCGCUGGACGACGAGCGGCGAUCGAGCGCGCCGCGCUCGGCCAGCCGCGACUUCGCCGCGCACUCGCGCAGCGGCUCGCGCGACUUCAAGAACCACUCCCGCUCGGGGUCGCGCGACCUCAGCCUGGAGCAGCUCAAGCACCUCGCGCUCAAGAGCAUGGAGAACCUCGACCUCACGGUGCUGCCGCUCACCAAAUGCGUGGACGAGGAGAGCAAGCGGCUCAUCGAGGGCGGCGGGGUGCUCCGCCACCGCCGCACCGGCUCCAAGGACUUCAAGCCGCCGGAGUCGAAGCACAAGCGGACAUCCUCGCACCACAUCACCAUGGAACCGAACGAGCUGAGCUUGCAGAUCCAGAAAGGUCGCAGCGUCGACCAGUUGGCUUCGGUGCCGCUCGACCCGCGUAUCUGAAGCUGUGGUGGCGCCGACCGAGAGGAGUGCGUGACGUGUAGGCGAGUCUUCUGAAUCUCAAGUCGCUAGUACUGGCCACUGCCACUCAACGUCAGCUCGUGACUUGUGCGGCUGAGUGAAAUGAACCAUUAGUGAAAUUUAUUAUUUAGUUUGGUUACGAGACUUGUUGAAACUAGAAAUAGAAAAUGAAUGAGUGAUUUAAACCAUAUCUUAAAAGUAGAUUUGAUGCUUUGAUAAAAUCGGAAAGAAUUUAGCUACCUAUGAAAUUGCA